ACAAUCAAAAGAUUUCUUGGCUUUAAAAAUGCAUCAUUUGCCUUGUAAAUCGUCAGCACGAAACAUGUUGAAGCAUCAUGGAAACUUGGGCGGUUUCUCUCCAUAAGAGGAUAGCUCAAGAAGCAAAAGUUGGUAGCAAUGGUUCCACCCCAAACGAAUCGAGGCUGGGAUGGUUGAGUCUGGUUUGGAUGAACCACCUCCCUUCACAGACCUUGUGAGGAGGACUCACACGCGUAAAGAUGGUACUUUCAUGGACGCUCGUUCGGAGUCUCUUGUACUCGAAGUAGAAGAAGCGGCGAAACAGGUUAUGGAAGAGGAUGAUUCUCUCGAUGACCAGACGGCCUCAUCUGGUGGUCUUCCUUCUCGACUUGUGCUGAACAAAGAAUAUCUCAAGCGUGGUAAGUCUAAAAGAGGGUAUAUCUACGGAUUAGGCAGUGUACAAUACCGGGAAAUCAAUCCAUCCGAGAAAGUGGCUGUUGCUAUGUCUCGCAACCUUGACAAUGAGAUGCGCAUCUAUGGUUUGGAAAAAAACAAUGAAGCACUCAAGGAAACCAAUGAGGCGCUCAAGGAAAACAUGGUGGAGCUGAAGUCUGGCAUGGGCACGGUAAUGGACGAGCUGGCUACAACCCGACUUGCGCUGAAUGCGAUUAUGCAGUCUCUGGGAAUUCAACUUGCUCCAAGUGACGUUAUAGCUCGUGCUGCUGCUGCUGGUCUCCGUUUUGCUGGUUCCACUGCUGGUCGUGAUGGUCCUCCUGCUGCUGGUCGUGACGGUCCUCCUGCUGCUGCGUCUCCUGCUGCUGCGUCUGCUGCUAUGUCUCCUGCUGUUACUCCGACAGACCCUCCUACAAGAACACAACAAGGCAACUUAGAUGCUUGGUGUGCUUCAGCAGGUUUAUAAGUUUCUGUUUUUUAUGUUUCUCUUGUAUGAAUGGGGUCUUUUGUAUGACUAAAAUUAGCACCCUUUU